AUGGGAGGCAUCUCUAAGCAGCGUGCUAGCAAAGCUUGCAACCGCUGUCGAGCCAAGAAGUCGAGGUGUUCUGGAGGAUACCCGUGCUCGAAAUGCAAGUCUUCAGAUGCUCCAUGCAUAUUUGGAUAUCCCAAUGAAUCGAAACGUAAAGUUUUUUCCGAGCAUUAUGUGCGAACAUUGGAAACGCAACAAUUCAAGCUUGUGGCCGGUCUACAAACGAUGUAUUUUUUGCUUCUGGCCACAAACUCAUGGCCAGGCAAGAAACUUCCUGAACGCAAAGGCAACCCACUUGUUCAUGACCUGCUGGAUCGUCUUGGUCUACUUGAGACUGGAAAAAACGGCACAGAUCAUGAGGGAUCUGGAAGAAGACGAGGACGAAUCCGACACAUCUCAGAAUGUCACUAG